UAAGCUUUGUUUGGACUUGGUGAUGGAAAGCGCUGUGUUUAUCAGUGCUGUGCAUCCGUCAUUGCAUGAUUUCUUUUUAAUUAUCAGGACGAUUACACAUAGUGUUUACAAUACCUUUACAUCAUACUACUGUAAUUAUAUUUUAUGUAAAAGGGCUAUGUGUGUGUGUGUGUGUGUGUGUGUGUGUGUGUGUGUGUGUGUGUGUGUGCAUUUCCAAAAACCUCUUUCUUUAACGCGUGUUUUGGUUCAUCUUAAACUAUACUACAGGCUAUAUACGAAUUUAUCUCUCUAUAAAAUAGGCGGAGUUACAGUCUACCUUAAUAUUAUAUGUUAAUAUCAUGCCGUAUGAUCUAUCGCUAACCAAUGGCAGGUGGAAUUGGAUCGAUUGUGGGAGGAGCUUGUGUAUUAAUAAAGACGGCGCUCGUGGCCGGUUUAAAAGCGCGCGCGCGCACAGCUGGUCUCUCUAGUCAGUGUCAGCUAUCAUGGCCGGAGCUGCGGAAUGCGGUUGGUUUGGAUCUUUUCUCUGUUUUCUAGGUGCCGCCACGGCGCUGUGUUACCUGCUGAAGUGGUCGUGGAGGACUUGGCAAGGCUUCCAGGUGUACGUGCUGUCUAAAAUCUGGCGAACAGAUCUGAGAGAGUACGGCCAGUGGGCAGUGGUCACAGGGUCAACAGCAGGGAUCGGACGAGCCUAUGCCAUUGAGCUCGCCAGACGGGGACUGGACGUUGUUCUGAUCAGUCGAUCACAAGAUAAGCUUCGCAGAGUUGCUGAUGAGAUAGAAUCGCGUUACAGACGGAAGACUCGAGUCAUUCAGGCCGACUUCACAGAGGGUCACUCUAUCUAUCCAGCUAUAGAAGAGCAACUCAAAGGCCUGGAGAUUGGCAUUCUGGUGAAUAAUGUUGGCAUGAAUUACGCUGGAAUGUUGGUGAACUUCUUAGAUGUUCCUGACCCUGAAAAGAGAAUCACUGAAGUGAUCAACUGUAACAUCCUCUCCGUCACACAGAUGAGCAGAAUGAUUUUGCCACAGAUGGUCGAAAGGUGUAAAGGUCUUAUCAUCAACAUGUCAUCAGAAGCUGGUUCUCAGCCACAGCCCAUGCUCACAUUGUACUCAGCUACAAAGAUAUUUGUGACGUAUUUCUCUCGCUGUCUUCAUGCAGAAUACCAGCCACGAGGAGUCACAGUCCAGUGUUUGACCCCAUUCAUAGUGUCCACUAAUAUGACACAUAACAUUGAGGUUAAUCCUCUGGUGAAAAGUGCAUCCUCGUUUGCCAGAGACGCUCUCAGUACUGUGGGUUACAGCUCCUUCACGAGUGGCUGUAUUACACACGCCCUACAGCAUAUCGCUCUGACCAUCUUCUUCCCAGGCUGGCUGCGACUGUCUCCAUUCUGUGUACGCCGUGUCGAGAAGUUUGCACAAGAAACCAAGCAGCAAAUAGAAGAGAGAAUGGCACAGUGUCAGAAGAAGCAGGAAUGAUGAAGACAAACACAGACAAACCGAGGCCGACACUAGACGGAAGUCACAUAAACAAACAAACAACCUGAUUUGUCUGACUUGCUCUUCUGGAUAAGGAUCACACACUUCUAACCAAACCCUGCUUUAAUCAGAUUUGAAAGUAUUUUUGGCAUACAUUCUCAGCAUGCAAUGAAUUAUCUUCAUUGGUGUGGAUUUUCAAACAUUUAAGGAUCUCAGCCAAAGAGGAUUUCUACUUGAUCAGCCAAGAUAUGUUCGGUAUCAGAGUUUUACAAGUUUUUUUUUUUUUUUUUUUUAAAUUACGUAUGAAACUAUGCAGGUGACAUCAGAUCAUAAUACGUAGGAACAGGAUCCUAUUGUGUGGCCAGAACUUAUUAACAUAAGGAAGUGAGAUUAUUAAAUGUGGCCACAGUUUAAUAAGGUGUGAUUACGGUGCUGUGCCAACAAGAUAGAGAUCGCAUGUGUCAACACCCAUCCUUUUCUGUUUCUUGACAGCCGUAACUACCGUAAACAAAUUCCAGUGUGUGGCAAAAGAAUGUACUCAUCUCUUUUAUUGAGUUUACCUUAAUUAUCUAUUUAUCAUGCCUUACUAAGUUGUGGCCACGCUGUAAGGUCAGUUAUGAAGGAAUGACGCCGGUGGAGUUUAUAGCUGGCAGUUUGGCAUUGUGCAAACUGCAAGUCUAAUUCCCCUCACACUUAUCUCCAAACACACUUUACAUAAACUAGCAAAUACAUUUGUGUAAAUAUAUACAAAAACGAUUUGGCACUAUAUCAACCAAAUCACUCCUAACAUGUCCAAGACUGGCACGGAGUGACACAAAACUAGCUGAAGUAGAAAGUGAUUCGGCUUCCAAACUGACAGUCUGUAGCUAUUUUCAGCGGAUGUUUGUCCAUUUGUCUGGGUAAAAAAAAAAAAAAAGGCAUAAACCCCAUCAAGAAGUACAUUUAGAUAUACUGAACGACUCAACGUGGUUUGAGGCACUUAGUUUGCACAAUGCCAAAUUGGACACGUGUACCGUAUGUCACGUAGGCUAUUAACUACAUUAGCUUCAGACGACAGGUGUGCACGUGCAUGUUUAUGCGUCUCACUCCCACAGCUAUUACUUUUGCACGAACCAGCGCCGUUCUUUAGAAAAUAUCGCUCGUAGGUGCAAUAUAUAUACACACACACACACACACACACACACACACACACACACACAUAUAUAUAUGGGAAUUCUGAACAAAUCAGCGACUUUUAAACCACACUGAAUGAAUGAAAGCGGCAAAUGACGUCACGUAGGGCCGCUCGAGCCACUAAUUUUGGUCCCGCGAGCUUCAGAUCUGAUGUCCUAACUUUUGACACACACACGCACACCUUGGCUGAUUGAGUAUUCUGAAGUGAAGUUUUUUUGGUGUAAAUUUUAUUUCUGGUCAAACUCUUGUUUUAAAUCAGAAAUUCAGUGUACAAUAAUACAAAAGCGUAAAUUGGGCCGUGUAUCAGACAUAGAGAAGAUAUAGGACUCAGUAAGGGAAAAAGGAAAUAUUGAACCAGUUUAUUGUGUACAUAUUUUUUUUUAUAUACAUAUAUAAUAACAAUAUUACCCUAUAUUUGUUAAAUUAAACAGAAUAUGUAUUGUUAAUACAGGACCUUUUAUAUAAAUACACAUUAAAUUAAAAGCACAUGACCACACUGUCUUGGACGUUCAGACUAACCCCACUCUGUCGAGACCCGUAGUGUGUCUCAGCACCGGUACAAAACAUCUGGCUUUCUAAUUCACUGUUCACUUUUCAAUUUCAUUGCUGCCUGGAAAGACAGAGGCAGUCUCCACUGACCCAAAGCCUCCCGCCCGCGGACCGACGUAUUAACCAGAACAUUAGUUAAAUCUGAUUCCCAAGGCACGUUUACAGAUGCAAGUCAACCCAAACGUUAACAAACUUUUUCAAAAUGCUUUAAGGGUUUAUACAAAGUCUUCAAACCAUCUCCUAUUCCUCUCUUAUAGAACUCGACCUGAGGAAAUGAGGUAUGUCUACACCACAGACUAUAAAUUUGGUGCCAGUAAGUGCAAUUAUAAUAAAAGCUGAGCAGCAGCAGCAAUGCACAACCCCUUUUUUUUUUUCUUUUUCCUUUUAAAUGUAUGACUAUAUUCAUAUAAUCAUUUGCAUCAAGCAUUUCUGACUAACUGGAUAAACUCAAGCAAAUAGAUUAUGAUCUGCUGCAAAUGUACAUAAACAACCACCAUAUCUACACAAGUCGACAUUACUUAAGUAUGUUUUAAGACAGUAAGCAUCGAUAUAUAGUCCCAACACAUAAACUAUGCACAUCUGUAAAAUACAAUACACAACUGUCACGUCAACAGACUCCUAAUUUCUGCCGUGUCCCAGUUCAGGCCUUUAAAAGAAUAAUCCAGGAUCCGCAAGCACUUUUCAAAUUGACGUCGAACAUAUCCGUACUGUUUGUGUGAUUACCGCAAACAAGAUCUGUGACACGUUCCCCUGCAAUCAGAAAGAAUUGAAAACUCGUGCGCAAAACUCACAUAUAUUCAAAGUGUAAGGGCAAACGAGAAACUCAAACUUUCACGUGAAACGUGUAAGAAGUGAACCACAUGGGGCACGCUGUUCUAGGACAAUCCUUUUUUUUUUUUUUUUUUUUUUUUUUUUUUUUUACUAUUACCGCUCCAAAGUUGAUUAUUUCCCUACAACAGCAGACACCAAAGUGUUUUAUUCCUCUCGCACCACUGUGAUUAGCCAACGAUGACAUGUUUUAACUGACUGAAGAACAUUUUAUCUCCUUUUAUAUUAUUGUUGAACGUCUGCAAGAUAAGGUUAUUUCCUAGUUCCCUCACCUCACCCUUAACCCCCCCAUCUUUAAUGUUAAUAUGAAACUACCUUAUCAGAGGGAAGAAUUUUAGGUUAUUCCUCACCAAUAAGGUCAGAGUAGUUAAAGAGUUUUGCACGAACACGUCAAAGCAGUGUUGGAAAGCUUUGACGAGACUUUCUGUCAUGUCCUUCUCAUCUGGAGACCUUUAUGGUUAGAUCCAGAUAUCCUCCCCCUCCCCACCUUUCAUCAAUGCACUGAAGCGUGUCGAUACGUUUGUGGUAAUUACAGACACGUUACAGUUGCAGCAGAUAAGAAUUAGGCCGGAAAGAACUCUGGAGUAUUCUUUUAAGACGGUUAAACUGCAAGGAAGGAGCUGUUGAACACACACACACAAAAAAAGAGGAACUGGAAGUAUUGCACUAGCCUGAUAACACUGCGGGACCAGGUUUGCAUCAGUCUGCAUGUGAGGAUGGGAAUGUGUUAAAGCGGAGAAGAACGCAAACCCAUACCAGUCUGGAAGGCUAUGGGAAAGUAAAUAAGGCAGUUACACAGUAACACUGAAGCUAUACAAGGAAAGUACAAGUGGAAGAAAAGACAUCCAAGUAAGAAACCUGGUUGUGCCAGUUAUACAAACAUCACUUUAGAAUGUUAAAUUUCAAGUCAAAGCCACACACGGACACUCCUUCAGCCCAGUGAUCCCAUUCCCUAAAUAUCCUGAUAUCCUUCAGAUCACCAUGCUCUGAAAUGGAAGGAAAGUGCUUGAAUAAAAAGGUUGUUUAAACCUUCAUGUUCCCCAUUCACAUAACAACAACAGUGACUGACAAACAAAAAAUUUUUUGGUUCUGCAAACUCAAGAGGAGAACAAAUGCAUAUGGGGACAGGGAACAAAGAAGUCGGCCAUGCAAUAAGGCCCAGCUGCAGUGUUAAGUAAGCACAAGCCACAGAAUGCAUGUUUAAGUAUGUUAAAGAGAUGGUUUUGCAAGUAUACAAAUACAUAAAACCAGUCGAUCAGUUGAGACAUGUUUAGUGUGCACCUUGUUUGGUGUGCAGCUAUGAGACCGAUGUACCCAAAUCACUCCGGCCUCUAGGCCCCCACUUUGGAAAUAACUUGGCAAAUAUGAUGUCCCUGCUAUUUUAGAAAUAAAUAAAUAAAUUGAUCGCUAAUGAUGUACAUCAAGGCGAGUUGAUGAAACAUGUUAGCCGAGACAAACUUCCAUUCCAAGCAAAUGUCGCACACCAAAAACGACUUCUCAGAGUAAACGUAGCCUAAUAUUUGGUUUAAAGUGAAUUCCCUUUAUACAUUUGCUGCAUUUAACUCAACUGUGUAAUUCACUCAAAGCUCAGUACAUGUAACAGGGGUCAGACCAUGAAUCAGAAGAGUGGGACCAAGUCCUUGAGUGAGGGUAUCCAACUGUGCAAGGUACUGCUGCGAUUGCCUGGAAUCGGUGGGCGGGCGGGGCAAAUAGAGGAAGCGCACUGCGGCGGAAGUGCUGUGUUCUUUCAGGAGCCUGUUGACCGCGCACAGGAACUCCUCCGUCACAACAGGGGGCACAAUCCUGUCGUUUCCUCGCAUCAGCUGCACCACAGGAUCCC